UCAACGGUGUGGACAUCACAGGUGUGGGACAAGAAGAGCUGGUGUGCAUGCUGCGCAGCACGCGUCAGGGAGAGAGUGUGAGUCUUGGGGUUCUACGGCAGGAAGACAUGUUCCUGCCCCGAGAGAUGAGGGACGAUGUGUCCCGUGUGCCGGUCUUUGUUCCUGAGAACGGGAAGGAGCAGCUAAUGUUCGAGGUGCCCCUUAAUGACAGCGGAUCUGCAGGACUCGGCAUCAGCCUCAAAGGAAACAAGUCGAGGGAGACAGGAGAGGACCUGGGAAUCUUCAUCAAAUCCAUUAUUCAUGGAGGGGCUGCAUACAAGGAUGGGCGUUUGUGUGUCAACGACCAGCUGGUAGCAGUCAACGGAGAGUCGCUAGUGGGGCGCUCCAACCAUGUUGCCAUGGAGACGCUCCGUCGCUCCAUGUCACAGGAGGGAAACGUAAGGGGGACCAUCCAGCUCGUUGUGCUAAGGACUCUGAAGGAUCAAUACGGGGUGUCACCAAACCGCUCAUUUGACAGUUCCUCUGGUCUGUCCGGAACCAUGAGCCCAGAGAACGGUCCGACGGGGAUGCUGAGUCAGACUAACGGCCAUAUUCACCCUCCCAUGAUGAACAACAGUCUGUAUACAUCCAGUGUGACCAAUGGGAACUUUAGUCACAUGGAUGAGGAUGAGGACGGAGAGCUUUAUGGACAUGAACCAGAGUACAGCAUCUCGACCCAGCACUCCUCCUCUCUACAGGACAGGGAAAACUCUCACAGCACUUCCAUUGCUCAACCCCAAUCCCCUACCCAGAACCAGAACCAGAGCCAGCGGCAGUUCCAGCACGUCAAAGCCUCCAAAAGCAUGGACCUGGGUACGACUCAGAACCAGCAGCACACUGUUGCAGAUGAGAGCAAUGUCGGAGCCUUAGUUGGGAUCCCUGCAGCUUCUUCAGCCCCCGUAGAACUGGGACCUACCCUCGGCUUGAAGAAGUCCAGUUCUUUGGAGAGUCUCCAGACGGCCAUGUCAGAGGUGAACAGAAAAAAUGAUUACCUCCCGUUUCACCGUCCUCGCCAGAAUAUGGUCAGGGGAAGAGGCUGCAACGAGAGCUUCAGAGCAGCUAUUGAUAAAUCAUAUGACGGACCAGCUGAAGAUGAAGAUGAUGAUGAUUCUGAGCAAAGCUCAGGCCGGGACACUCCUGCAAGUGGUUCAUCCCGCCAAGGAGCGGGGGAUCGGAUAGAGGAGAAAGGCAAAAAAGACAAGAAGAAGAAAGCAAAGUCAAAGAAGAAGGAAAAGAACAAGGGAAAGGGGAAGGAGAAAGAGAAAGAGAAAGAGAAGAAGAAAGCAGUGGAGCCUGAGGAGACUGAGAAGAAGAGCAAGAAAAUAGGCUUUGGCCUUCUGAGAUUUGGGAAGAAAAAGGAUGAGAAGAAGGAGGCGAAAGCAGCUCUGCAGCGACAGAAGUCUGACAUCCUGACUGACCAUGAGUUUGAGAGGAUGAGAGAGGAGAGGGAAAGAAUUGAGGCUGCUCACCCUGAGCUGCGAGAGCAAAGAUCCAAAGACCAGCAGCUAGGCAGCGGAGGAAUGGCUUUCCCAGACGUCGAGGAUGACGACGCAGACCCGAACUACGCCCGAAUCCAAACCUUCAGGGACCGUGAUCCGGGUUCAGUGCCACAACCGAUGUCUCAAUCACCUCCAUACAGUACGAUACAACACACCUACGCCCGCACGCCUUCCCCCCAAGGCCCUCCUGCCUUUCCUGGACAUGGAACUCAUGGCAACAACCCAGGAGCCGUCCCUGAUGACAACCACAUCGAUAGGCUGUACGCCAAGGUCAAUAAGCAGAGGGGAGGAGCUGGAACUGCAUCUCCUCCUGUUCCUGCUACUGGCAAUGAAAGUGUGGACCGGAUCCAGCAGCUGAGAAGAGAAUACCAGCAGGCAAGGAGAGAGGGAGUAGCUCCACCUUAUGAAGAGGACCUGCGACGCAGAGGACAUGAAAAUGACGCUCACAGGAUGCCUGGCAGAGGGCCAGAUCCCAGAUUGGCACCACGUUAUGAAGAAGUGGAACGUCAGUACGCCUCCUUACCAAGACGAGGUCCGUUGGAACCAGCUGAUCAUGUCAUGCAGCCUUGGUCGGGUCAUUAUCCUGCAGCUCCCCAGGCCCCACAAGCGUAUCCACAGUCUCCAUCCUACCAUAACCCCAACCCCGGGCCGCCUUACUCAGGCUAUACACCUAGUCAGCAGUAUGCACGUCCAGUGGACCCUCGAGGCAUGGACCCCGGGUACUACCCACACCCAAGCACCCAGCAGAGAGGCCCCUUGCGACAGGAUGUGCCUCCAUCUCCUAUCCCUCCACUUCGCGGUCUACGGUACGACACUAUGACCCGUGGAACUGGGGGUGGAGGCUACAGGCACAUGGUGGAUCACAGUCCAGACCAAUAUGGCUACAUUAAGGAAGGAGGGAGACAGCAACAGCAACACCAAACCAACCAGAGACAGAAGAAUGCCAUGACUGCAGCUGUGUAGAGCCGUCAGGUCCAGAGAUGAAAUGAGCAGAAUGCUAACUGCUUUGUGUUGUGUUGCUCCAACGCUCCUGGUACUGUCAUGAAACAGAGUUGACACCUCUACAUGGUGUGAUUUGAAUCACCAUGGUUAUCAAACAUCAUCUAAGCUGUUUGAAGGAUAUGGUAAUACACAGACAAGCAAGGUAAAGGAGGUUAAUUAUAAAGUGGCCAGUGUGCACAUAAUAUCUUGUUGUUUGAAGUCAUUUAAAUUGCUUUGAGUCUUCUGAGAGUAAAACAUUGGCAGGGGUUUCACACCGUGUCCACGCUCUGCGCUACAAAGGUUUUCCAUUUAAAUUAAGGCCGUAAAGGAACACAAGCAGCUUUACUCGCCCGUGUUGAAUCAGGUCGUUUCAUUGCUUUUGCUGCAUGAGCAAGAGGAAUUAGUAUUUUAAAUAAUGUGCAUGUUUUUUGCUUCCUUGCGGCCUUUGUAAAGGUGGCCUUUACAAAGAAAAAGGACACAUUUAAGUGUCAGUAUUUGGUUCUGUUGAUUGGGAAUUCUAUUCUUGAGACUGAAGCAAAUUUGUGUUUGCAUGAAAGUUUUAGUAAGGGCUCUAUUGGUUGAAUUUAGAGUUCAAAAUGGUCCUCAGUCCUAAACCUGUGUGAAGAGAACCAAACUGAUAAGAAGAAAUUUACAACAAAGAAUAACAAGACAAGACAGAACAUCCAUCCAUGCCAGAUUAUUAGAAAUAAUACUUCUUCAAAGCAUUUAAGUGCUCAACUUUUCUUUAUGUGAAGUGUCUCACUUCCCUAAACAGGGCGAAAACCACUUGAUGAAAUGAUACAUUAUAUACCUGUAACUUAUCUGACUUACCUUUACAGUCUAUUGUAAGUAAUCAAUCAAUUCAUAAGAGAGUUUGAAUGAUUGAAGUUUUCCAAAUGAAGCCAACACAAAACAUAAAUUAGUAUGUGUAAUGAUACAUUUGUUGAAUUACAUAAUGUUGCUUUCAUUUCCAAUAUAUUCUUCACUUUUGAGAUGAGUGUAAAGAUGUAUUUAAGCACAGGACUGGUAUGAUCCGGGUCUGAAACAGUGUCUGGAGUGAACAGUACAUAUAGAUGACUCAGUCUGUGAACCAUUUCACUCAAAGAUGUACCAAACCUCCCACUACGUCCAUUUGUAUUCAAUGAAAUAAUACCACUAAAGGAACAACAUUUACCUUUGAAAGAUAGAACUUUCUUUAAAUAACCUCCACUUGAAUGUAUGCAAAAUUCUUGGACUACAUAUUUACAGUUAUCUGUAUUCAAUCCAUGGAGUCAAUCUGUGUUAAACCAACGUCACUAUAGGUUUGUCUUAAACAAGGCCACAUUAUCAAACUCUCCUCGAAAUGAUCCUUUCAGCCUACAGACUUUAACAUUAUCAGAUAAACCUUUUAAGAUAAAGACAACCCUUAGGUGAUAAUAACAAAAAACACUCCACGCCAAGUAAUUUGAUAUCAGCACUAAAUUUACACUGUAACAUGUUUUUGAGACUACCUUUUCCUCUACCAGAAGUAUUGUCUAGUAUUUUAACAGUGUUUUAUCAAAACAUCUCUUCAACUCAAUAAUCACAGAAGACAAUAUACUUUGAUCAGCCAUAACAUUGUGACCACCUAUGGGGAAGUGAAGGACUUUGAUUAUCUCAUUGCCAUUGUUCCUGUCAGUAUGUAGGACAUUUUGUCCUCAAAGUUGACGUGUUGGACGCAGGAAAAAUGGUCAAGUCCAAGGAUGUGAGCGGCUUUGACGAGGGCCAAACUGUGAUGGCUAGACAACUGAGACAGAGCAUCUCCAAAACUACAGCUUGUUUGGGUUGUUCCAGGUCUGCAGUGGUCAACACCUACCAUGAAGUGUCCAAAAGAGGAAAACUGGUGAACCAGCAACCGGGUCAUGGACGGCCGAGGCUUGUUAAAGCUUGUAAGGAAAGAAGGCUGGCCCAAUAGUGGAGCUACUGGAGCUAGUUAAUGCUGGUUCUGAUAGAAAGGUCUCAGAACACACAGGGCAUUGUAGUCAGCAGUGGACAUUGGACUGUGGCCAUGCUGUCCCAUGUCCACCGCUGACCCCCUGCAACAGGCAUCUGAACUGGACCAUGGAGCAUUGGAAGAAGGUGGCCUGGAGGAACAUGACAAUAGGUUCAAGGUUUCUUUUGAUCUCAAUCCAGCACACCAUCUGAGGGAAGUCCUCAGAUCCUUGGAGGCCCCACCUCGCAACUUACAGGACUGAAGGAUCUGCUGCUAACACCUUGGUGCCAAAUACCACAGCACGCCUUCAGAGGCCUAGUGCAGGUCAGGGGUGUUUUGGCCCUGCGGGGGGCCUAAAUAAUACAAGGCAGAUGAUCAUAAUGUUAUGGCUGAUCUGUAAAUAAUGGUGCUUUAGUCGAAAUAGCAAUUCGUUACUUGUGUAAUACAAGAAAUGAGCGAAAAUGCCAAUGAUACUGGAAAAGUCAGAUCGUUUAUAUAACUAUAAAGUCCAUAACCACUAUGAUGGCCCACUGAGUCUUAUUUUAGUCCUCUAUCAUGUUCACUCUGCAGAGUAGUUGAAGUCCAUUAAAAGGUGUCUUUACUGUUGGGUAAAGCAGGCAGUAAAAGGCCUCUCAUAUCUGGGCACCUGUCCAGUUUCAGAGCUCAUUUUCUCUCCGUAUCACCGACCUGCCUCUUUCCUUUGUGUUGUCUGUGUAUGCCAUGUACUGUAGUUUCACUUAAUGGACGAACACAGCACAUAUCUGUGACCUGGUAGCGUAGGCGUAACUGUGUGUUAAAGUGGACACUAGUCCUGUUGAAACUCAGAUUGAGCGGCAGAGUGCUCUUCUCACUGCUGCACCAUAGUGUAUAUCCAUUUAGCCACUUACUGAACCAUCAAUUAAGUGUAACUAAGAGUUAGAGCCUAGCUUAACAUUUCUGUGUUUCACUCCACAAAGCUCAGCAGUAUUCAUUUCAAAGGAGAUUAAACACUAAAAAUGACA